GCUUUUCUUGUUUCACAAACACACCCUCGCAUUGUCAAAAUGGCUACCCCACGCAUGUCAUGCCCUUCUGGCGGCUCUUUCUACGCUUGUAAUGGCGGCAGCAACUUCGUCGGCUGUUGCCUGAACGAUCCUUGCACAAAUGGCUGCUCAGCGGGCAGUCUGGUUUCUACAUCCUUUGACCCUUCGCAGUUCGGCGAAAUCCCAGACCAGGCUUGCGGCGUCGGACAAAGUACUAGCUUCUUCACCUGCAUCUAUGCGUCGCAGAACAACGCCACAUUCUGGGGAUGCUGCUCCGCGAACCCUUGCGCCGCGGGAAGCUGCCCGAGCAGUAAUCUGGUGGGCACCGUGCUCAACAGCAACCCAGCGCUCGCAGCGCCGUUCUUGAUGUUGAACUCAUCAUAUGCCACAACUGCAUCGUCUUCCGGGACCACUGCUUUCGCGACCAGUACAGGCAAUGCAACAGCUUCCAUAGUACCAGCUUCGUCAGAAGCGCAAGAUUCCUCCACCGACGUCGGCGCUAUCGCAGGUGGCGUAGUUGCUGGCGUAGUGGUGUUGACAGCGCUGCUUCUUCUCUUGAUCUUCAUACUCCGCCGCCGACGGAAGGUAGCCACUGGGCCGAAUGCCAACCCUCACCCACCAGUGGAGAUGCGGGACAGCAGUCAAAAGGGUGCAGCGGAUCCGUAUCUUUCGGCGACGAAGUCACCGGCCUUUUCAUCUUGGACGGCAGGCUCCACGGCACGACCAUAUUCUCCUGGACCUCCAAGCUAUGGAGGUCCGCAGGGCUACAAUCCAGACGGGACGUAUCAACAAGAUGUCUUUGCCAAGCAUGUAUCUUAUGAGUUGCCGGGUGAGCACGGUCAAGCAGAGCUACCAAGUAACGAACGGUUCCAGCAUGGAAAGCCGGGGACCGGACUUGGUAUUGUUGCUGAAGAUAGACAAUGAAUGACAAGGUAUGAAGGUGUGUUUGGAUCCAUACGAUGCGCGGGCGGGUGAACGUCAGCAAAUUGCUCUGGGUGUUCGGGUCCAUCAGGCAGCCAACGCUGCGUGACGGACGAACGUAUCGAAAGGAGUCUCCACCACAUGCUGCUCGACUGUCCUUUGACGUGG